AAAGUAGUAUUAUAUAUUAUAUUUUUAGGUAUUAUAGUACUUUUACUAGAAAGUAGGCGGACUAUAUUUUCCCAGUUCAAAAUCCCGCUAAAUAUUUCUACCCUACAAGUUUAUAAAAUUAAAAAGGGUAUUAAUUUAUAUAGUUUAUUAAAAUAUACUACUUUAAUUAUUUAG